GCACACCUACGCUUCCGGGCAGUCGCCUCUGUGAGUCGUUAGAUCAAUAAUCACGAUUGCUAAAGACCUGAGCCGUGCUUCUGGGUUUUCUUUCUCUCUCUCUGCUUCUCUCUCUUCCUGUUUUCUAAGGGUUGCUGCUGUGACGUUAAGUAAUGUAUAGAAAAUAGUUUACUUCCUAUUUCUGAGCCAGACCAAGUUUCAUCUCCAGCCGAGCUCCUCCAGGUCUCUCGACACGGUGCUCGGCUCUGUUCACCGUGGACUUGGCUCCGCAGCCAGCCCGGGAGGACGCCGCCCUCUCUCGCUGUGUCUUCAAAGGCUGCACAUCCCUGCUCUGUCCUCUGAGGUCCACCUGCCGAGCAGGACCUGGUGGAGGACACUAGGACAUCUCCCCGAAGUCUUGCACAGGUCUUGCAAAGCGCGGGAAGCCCCUCCAGGGAGUGGCGGGCGGGCCCUGCGCGCCUGCCUCAGUGUGGCCGUCCUGUCCUUCCGGAUGGACCUGUGGCUGUCUUCUCAGGGCCAGGCCCGGGCUUGAACCCGAGCAGCCCUGGCUGGAAGCCCCCUCUCUCCAUGAAGGUUGGCCAGCGUCCAGAGGAUGUGGCAUGGAGGCUCCGGAACCCACCUGCCCUGCCCCACCUGCCAGGGACCAGCCGGCUCCUGCGCCUGGUCCCCCAGGGGCUCCGGGGGGGCAGGCCUCGCCGCGCCUGACCCUGGGCCCCGUCCUCCUGCCGCCAGAGCAGGGCCUGGCUCCCACCGUGUUCCUGAAGGCGCUGCCCAUCCCCCUGUACCACACCGUGCCUCCCGGGGGCCUGCAGCCGCGCGCCCCGCUGGUGACCGGCAGCCUGGACGGGGGCGGGCUGCCCUUCCUCCUCAGCCCCCUGCUGCAGCCGGAGGGGCCCAGUGUGGCCCAGGUGGGGAAGCCCACAGCCUCCACGCUGACCGUGAGCCUCGUGGGCGCCCUGCCUGUGCUGUCGCCGGGGCCCACGCUGGGCAGCCCGGGCAAGGUGCGGAAUGCCAGCAGGUACCUGUGCCCGCACUGCGGCCGCGACUGCCUGAAGCCCAGCGUUCUGGAGAAGCACAUCCGGUCGCACACCGGCGAGAGGCCCUUCCCUUGUGCGGCCUGCGGCAUUGCCUUUAAGACCCAGAGCAACCUGUACAAGCACAGGCGGACACAGACCCACCUCAACAACUCCCGGCUGUCCUCCGAGUCCGAGGGGGCGGGGGCCGGCCUCCUGCACGAGGUCGACAAGGCUGGAGAGACCUCCGGGGCAGGGACAGGAGAGGGGGCCUCAGAGAGACUCCCCCUGGGAGCCCGGCUGCCCCUCGGGGCCAAGGACCUCGAAGCGGUUUCCCGUCCAGGGUCCACCCCCGCCGACAGGGAGGUCCCUCCGGACUCCGCCCAUGCGGCGUGCCCCGGGCUCUCGCUGGUCAGCACACAGCCCCGGCGGCCACAGCCGGAGCAGAAGCCAUGUUCCCUGCAGCGGCAGCAGGCCACGGCCUCGGAGAAGCCCUGGGACGCCAAGGGCUCCGAGGGCCGGCUGAGGAAGUGUGAGAGCACCGACUCGGGCUACCUGUCCCGCUCCGACAGCGCCGAGCAGCCGCCGCCCCUCUCCAGCCCCCUGCACAGCCUGUCUGAGCACAGCACCGAAUCCGAGGGAGAGGGAGCCCCGGGCCCGGGGCCUGGGGGGCCCAAGACGGAGCCCGGAGGGCCAGGGGCCAGCCUGGAGCUAGAGAAGAAGCGUCUGGAGGAGCGGAUCACGCAGCUCAUCUCCCGCAACCAGGCCCUGGUGGACGACCCCCAGCUGGACCACGUGCGGCCCCGCAAGACCGUCCUGUCCAAGCAGGGCAGCAUAGACCUGCCCACGCCCUACACCUUCAAGGGCUCCUUCCACUUCGACAUCCGGGCGCUGGAGCCCGGCCGCAGGAGAGCCGCCCUCGGCCCGGCCCGCUCCACCCUCACCUCUCUGGACAAGUCAAGGCCCCUCUUCUUCCACUCCGUCCCCACUCAGCUCUCCACCGCUGUGGAAUGUGUCCCUGUCACCAGGAGCAACUCCCUGCCUCUCGUGGAGGGUUCAAGGACUUGGCCAGAGCCCGCCGACCCCCAGGACGCCUGCCCCAGCACACUGAGUCCUGGGAGCCCCAGGCCCACCCCGGCACGCCUGGGCUACCGCGCGGGGCUGACGUUGGCGGACAUCCCCGGUGGGCACCCCCGGGCUCUGGUCAGACAGGCUGCCGUGGAGGACCUGCCCUGUACCCCCGCUGGCGACACCCCGGGCCCCGAAGAGGACACAGCUGGAAAGAGAGCAGCCCCGGGAGAGGGGACAGCCAGUAAGGGCCGAGCGGCCAGUAGGAGGGGCAGCCAGAGGAGGCUGGAGAUGUUUUCCCAGGAGAAGUGGCAGGUGUACGGGCACGAGACCUUCAAGAGACUGUACCAGAAAAUGAAGAGCAGCCACCACGGAGGCCAGAGAGGCCGGGAGGGGAGAGGGGCCGGCACGACAGCACCGGACCUUCCUCUGCCCCGGGAAGAGGCUGUAGCGGGCGAGGGCGCAGCCCAGUCCCAAGACGGGAAGAGCCCCGUCCCCGGGCACGUUUCCAUGGGUGCCAAGCAGGGGCCCUGGGCGAGUGGGCCGGCCCCAGACGACGCCCUGGGGUCCAAGCCCCCGAAGCAGAGGGAGGAGGCGUCUGGAGCGGGAGGCAGUGAGCAGUGCCGGGCGCCCAGAGCCGGGUCACCCCCUACCCUUGGCAGCACAGCCCCGCCCUGCCUGGGCAGUAGGAGCCCCCUGUUCCCUCCCAACGGGAGGCUGGAACCGGGGCAGCAGCCGCCCCUAGCGCCUGGCCCCCUCCAACAAGGUGACCUGGAGGCCUCCAGACCGGUUUUGCCAGACCUCAAGCUGCAAGGGGGAGCCUGCAGUGGUGGGGGUGUGGAGGAGACAGGUCCCUGGGCCCAUGCAGUCCUGAGACGGCCCAGCCGUGGCUCUGGGGAGCUGCAGCUCCCCUCGGAGAGGAAGAAGCCGAAGGUGGAGGGGCCAGGCAGCCUGGGGACCCUGGCGGCAGAGACCCUGGGUGCCCCUGCAGGAGCCACCUCCCCACGGUCCCGGAAGCAGGAUGGGGACCUCGGGGAGACUCCAGGGAAGCCACACGGGAGUGCCGGGCGGGUGGGCGAGGCCCUGGAGUCCCCUGGCGCCUCCUCAGCUGCCCCUCCUGCUGCGCCCAGGGACAAGGAGUCCCCCCUGCGAGCUGCAGCCGGGGCCCCCGGGCCUCGCCCCAUGGCAGCCCCCCAGCCCCAGGCCGUGGUACACAAUGCCUUCCCCCCCAAGUACCUCCUCCGGCUACCUCAGCGAGAGACGCCUGCGCCUCUGCCCGGCGUCCAGGGGCCCCUGCAGGGCCCGGACCCUGCCUGCAGGAUUGCAGGGCCCAAGGAGCUGGCGUCCGUCGUUGGCCCUCCCCUGGCUCCCAGCCCAGCCGCAGGCCCAACCCCGGGUGAGGCAGGUGGCGUCUCGGAGGACCCCCGCUGGUGCAGGCCGCGUACUGGGAGGAAGGAGGAGCAGAGGGGAGAGCAGGAGGGAGCCAGGGCACAUGCUGGCAUCCCUGCGGCCGAGCAGUCUCCCGAGGCAGCGCCAGGCACCUCCGGGGUCACAGCCGCCUGCGCGUCCUCCUGUGCCCAGGCCGUGGAGGGCGAGACCCUCACCACCCACCACCCCUGUCCCUCGGCGAGCACCAAGCCCUCCGGGAGCGACCCAGAUCAUGGGGCCCCCGCCCCGGGGCUGGGAGGGCCUCCUGGGACCUCCCCAGAGGCGUCUCCUCUCGGGCCCCGGGCAGAGCCCAAACUCCACUGGCCCUUGCAGUCCAGCUGCUUCCCCACAGUCCCAGGCUGGCCCGAGCUGGCCUUGUCUCCUCACUCAGGGACCCCCAGGAGUUCCGGGGCACACAGCCCCUUCCCCUCCCUGAGGGCGGAGCCCCGGCUCACGUGGUGUUGCUUGAGCCGCAGCGUGCCGCUGCCCGUGGAGCAGGAGAAGAGCUCCUCUGUGUACUUGGCUUUGCACUUCCCGGGAGGUGGCCCCCAGGAUGAGGGUCCUGACCCCUCAUCUGUGGGCGGUGAAGGAUGGACCAGGACGCGCCCAGGAGGAGGAGGAAGAGGAGGAAGAGGAGGCGUGCUGGCACUGGCAUCCAAGCUCCCAGGGGUGAUGGCCCAGCACCCGGGGUCUGAGCCAGAGCAGAAGAAGGGACCGCCUCAGCGGAGGACCAGGAUGUGGCGCGGAAACAGCAAGCAGAAAAAGCUGAGGAUCAACCCCAAGAGGUACAGAGGGGAGUUCCUGCACAGCCAAGUCCCGCCGAGAGCCAGGAGACUGCGCGGGCCGCCCUGGGUGCUGGCCAGGAGCUGCCGCCCUCCCCCACUUGGGGGGACCCUCAGGCAGGCUUCUCCAGAUACGGCAGGACCCAGUGUGCCAGGGGAGCCACCUUGUGCCACCUCGGAACUGCCUCUUUGCUGUGGGGAUGAGGAGAAGGCGGAAAGCAACUGUGGACAAAUCCCGAGAACUUCUGCUCCUAGCUCGAGUUCAAGGGCUGCCCAGGAAGCGGCCAGAUCAGCCGGGAAGGCUCUUUCUCCAUCUGCCGGCGAGCCUGGUGACUGUCGUCCUCUGCAAGCUGACGCCUGCCUGGCAGUGGCACAGGACGACCUUGUGCCCCAGGGCAGAGGUCUCGACUCUGGGGUCCCGGAGACUCAGCCGCUGCCCUCCCUGGACCAGGUCCCAGCAGACCCCGUGCCCCGCACUUGCUGGGACACCCCAGAGCCUUCUUCCUCUGGACCCGAUGGGGCUUCUCCUUGCCAUGCUGCUGCUACCUCGGGGUCCAUCUGUGCAUCUCCAGGGGCAGGAGCGGCUCCCACCACCAUGGGCGUGCGCAGUGCGGAGACACAAGACCACAGCUGGACCGCAGGGGAGACUGACACGCAGAGCGCCCCAGGCCGAAAGUCUGCAGCAGAGAGCGCGUCGCACUCGCCUCUGUCAGGCAAGCCUUUGUCUGAACAGACGAGUGCAGGUUCAGCUCCGCUGGGGUCAACUGGAAAAAUUCAUCGCAAAAUAGCAACUUCAGGAUCCAGUUCCACUAGUCUGUACCAGGAGGAAGGGAGACCCAAGACGUACUUUCCUUCCAGGGGCCAGUGUGGGUGUGGGGAAAUGGCGACCCCGGGCUCUGCUUUGGGAAACGACGCUGGGAAAGGUCAAGGACCUGGAUUAGCCGCUGGGAAGGGUUCUGUGGUUCCUUCCAACCCGGGGCAGCCCGCAGACGUCCCCGAGGGGCCUUGCAAGAGCUCCCAGAAGGGGAGCUUGGAAGGAAUGAGGAAGCAGACGCGAGUGGAGCUGAGUGACACCAGCAGUGAUGACGAGGACCGACUGGUCAUAGAGAUAUGACGCUCUCGGGCAAGGACGGCUGCUGCGGCCGAAGGCUGCUGGUGCUUCCCGAAGAAGCGUCGCCGAGCUGGCCCGAGGGCUGGCUCUUUUGGUGAAACUUGCACAGAUUGCGAAAGCCAUGCGGGGUUCUUUCCGAGCCAACGCCAACCAACUGCAGCCCCUCCAUUAAGCCACACUGACCCCCAGUGCCACUUGGGGGCGCCCCGCUUACCAGCAAGCGUGCCCUGCAGAGUGGAGGUGCCUGGCUUCCCCCACUCGUGAGCUCAGGGUUUGCUUCGAAGGCAGUGGGCACCCUUGGGAGAACUGAGGGCGCUUCAGAAAGAGCUGGGGUGUGAAUUGGACAGGGAGAUGCAUCUGUGCACGCUGGAGACAAAAUUCAGAUCCCUUCAGAAACUGACAUUUGGGGGGAAAUAUUUUGCCCCCCGAGUGGAAGCUGUACAUAUACUUCAAGACGCCUAUGUGCUGCGGAAGUGCUGGUCCUCUUCAGUGUUGUGCAAACGGUCAAUGCUCAUUUACGGUCCGGUGACAUGAGCACGUGCUUACCCUGUGCCUGGUGCCUUUUCCGUGGAAACCCGUGAGCCUGUGGUGCAUACAGUUCCUGCAAAGGAUCUCUGUGUUAAAAGCUAAUAGAACAGCCUCUCUGGAACGAGUCAUUCUUCUUGGAGGGGGAAAAUGUCCCUUAUUUUCCUCUGAUUCUCUUUGUCAUGUCGCGCUCCUCGCAACUUCAAUUAGAGGGGUACACUUCAGUGAUCGGCACCGCUUAAACCGAUGCCUGCGCGUCGUGGCGGGAGCCGUUCGGAUUUCCUGCAGAAGCUUCAGGAGACAAAACUAAUUGGGGUUUUGAUGCUGUUUUACAUCUCAGUCAUUUUAUUUUGGGGGCUUGGUGUUACUUUGCUGUCAGAUUCAAUCAGCCUCUGUGUUGUGCAAGUCAGAACAGCGCAGACAAAACUCCCUGGUACACCAAGCAGUGCGCCCCUGGGCAGGGGGAGCGCCGGUCUACUCGCCAGCUGGCGAGUGAGGCCUCGGGUUUACUGCCCCUCUCUCCCUCUCCUCAAACAGCAGAGGAAGGACGUAACAGAGGCUUACGUUGCUGCAUUUCAAUACAAUUUUCUAUUUGCUUUUGGUAUGAUUUUUGUACAACUAGAAAUUUAUAGCCGAGCUCUUUUGGCUUCACUUUGGCGCAGUGGCGUUCAUGCGGCAUCCUGCACUUCCAAGGCGAGGCCGCGAUGCGAAACAUCGCACACCGAUGACCACGCUGUAACAAGUCCUUGCCUGUGACGAAGCACAGUCACGUUUCAAGUGUCUUUACGUGGAUUCUCCCGUUUUAGCGUGAUCCAUAGAAAGCUUCAGUGCCAGGCCAGCUUCCCGUCGUGGCUUAGCGGACGUCUGUGGUCAUUUCGAAUGCACUUGUAGAUGGCCAAGGGAUCGCAAGCCCAGCCAAGGAAACCGAAGAAGAGGGGUGAAAGGGACGUCUGGCAUUCACUCAGUGCGUUUAAAACCAAACAAAAGUGAUACAGCGAUUGUCUGCCCUGUGGAGCCGGCCGUGCGCUGUCACAGGAGAGGCAGUGCGGGCAAGUGGAGGGAGAGAGGUUGAAGUACUGACUAUUUUGCACCAGUUGGGAACCCUUGUUAGAACCCUCUCUGCAGUUCAUUUUCCCUAAACGAGAAGGAGAGAAUUGGGCAAGAUGGCUGAGUGUGUCUCUGGGUUCCAGUCCUUGUGAGAGGGGGCGGUCAGAGAGGAACUGCCCCGCCCUUUUCAUUGGUGGACACAGUAGCUUGGAGAUGACUCCCAUGGGAAGCCAUUGUCCCCGGGGUCCUGCAUACAGAAAGCUUGGGUGGGGGACAGUGAUACUGAAGCUUACACACCCCCAACCAAUAAUUGCAAUGAAAAACAUACACCUAGGAAAGCGCCAUUUAAUUUUUUCCUGGGGUUUCAGAUUUGGGGGUGCGAUCACCUACUGUGUAAAUGUCGACUCGUUUACAAGUUAAAAGCAAACAAUAGAAGGCUGCAUGUGAGUGGGAGGAAGCACACCUGUGGUUUGAAUGGGCUGCAUUAGGAGGCAUCGCUCAGGGGAAGGACACUAUCUUCCAGAACCUUCCUUUCUGCCUGGCUGAGGGAGUGUCAGCCAAACCACUGGACCCCGAGCAGUACGUCAUAGCUCCAGACCUUCUAUGAGCCACUGUUGCUGGCUCCACAUCUCAGCCUCAGUCCAACAUGGUGGAAUGUGGACUCCACGUCCCUGUGUCUUACAGAAGUAGGCAGGUGGCCACUCAGCUAGUGGGUGGCCAUGUUGGCAGGUGCAUCUUGCUUUGUAUCAACAGGAAUCUGUGGAAGUGAUAUUUCAGUGAAUUUUCUUAAAAAAUAAGAAAUGAAUCUUGCAUGACCCUAAGGAGAGCUAGUGUUGAAAAUCAUCCAGAGUAAAGAUUAUUUUUAAAUCAAGAAUUAUUUUAGAAAGCAAUGAACCACAGUCUCUGGUUUUAUAAACUGUGAUUUUCCUGUGGGCUUGCUUAAAGUGAAAUGCAAUAUUUUAAGGUCACAUCAGCAACCUGGAGCCGAGUUUCGGUUAUGGCAAGAAAGUGUCCGUGUGACCGACACAUGGCUCAGCUCCUCUGAGAACAGCUCAGUGUUCUGGCACGGACUUGAAUCCUUUGCCGUGGUCCCGGGGCACUGAGUGCCAGUGCCACGACCCAUGGCGCUCAGGACUGACCAGGGCCACUCUGCCCACUCUCGGCCACGCCUCACUGCCACGGUGUGUGGAGGAGCAGGAUUCCUCUCCCGUGCAUGACCUCUGCUUUGAAGUGACUGACCCUUAAGGUCGCGUGGGCUUUGAUGGACAACCUGAUACUGCUUGUUGUGUGCAGAACCAGGCCUGCCUCUUAUCGGUAUAACCUGGAGCUCCUGGCUGAGCCAGCACCCCUGGGCUCACACCUCACGGUAACCAGGAGAACCCACGGUUCAUCUGACAGCCUAUCACAAAGACCAGGGAGCGUGUUUCUGAGUUCUACUCCAAACACCACCAACAGCAUGACGGGGAGCCUCCCCCACUCUCGUCCUCUCUCUGCUGCCGCUGAACCUGGGAGAGUAGCCUUCCCAGAGUGCAUUGUGACCACCGGCCUUGGCGUGAGACAGAAACGCUCUGCAGUCUCUUGCCAAAAGUCCUGCGUUUACAUCCAUUACCUGGAGUGAUCACAGUAUUCGAUUCUUCCCAGCACAGAAGUUUGCAUUUUGCUCAAAACUUGCCGGGUGCAGCAGAUUUUUACAGUUAUGGAAGCGGUCAUCAUUAUCACAAUGUGCUGCUGCUCACCCCGCAUCCCCCGCCCCCCACCACCCGGCUGAUUUAAUCUGGCGAGGAGCCCAUGGCCCGCUGGGCUCCACUGGUGAUGCCGGGCCCCAUGGGCGGUGCCGGGCCCUGUGGGCAGUGCCGGGCCCCGUGGGCACCCCUACUGUGGGCGGUGCCGGGCCCCGUGGGCACCCCUACUGUGGGCGGUGCCGGGCCCCGUGGGCACCCCUACUGUGGGCGGUGCCGGGCCCCGUGGGUACCCCUUCUGUGGGCGGUGCCGGGCCCCGUGGGCGGUGCUGGGCCCCGUGGGCACCCCUACUGUGGGCGGUGCUGGGCCCUGUGGGCACCCCUACUGUGGGCGGUGCUGGGCCCUGUGGGCACCCCUACUGUGGGCGGUGCUGGGCCCCGUGGGCACCCCUACUGUGGGCGGUGCCGGGCCCGUGGGCACCCCUACUGUGGGCGGUGCCAGGCCCUGUGGGCGGUGCUGGGCCCCGUGGGCGGUCAAGGUGUGGGGCACUUUCCUCACUGCAGCUGCUGCCAUUUUUCACGCCAGGGAGACACCUUGGCUUUUGAAACACUACAUCCCUGGAUAUUUAAGCACAACUUCUUGUCCUUUUCUUUCAGAGCUCACUGAAUCCAGGGGCAGGGCCUAGGAACCCCGUGUGCUCGAUUUCUAUCCGGCCUGAUUCUUUUCACCCAUGCGUUGUACUCCUGUGGGAAUAGUCAUGCUUCAGGCUGGAGACGUCUGGAAGACAAGAGCGAGGGGAAUCUUUGGCCUCUGCCCCUGGAGCCCUAGAAGGACUGAGUCUCACAUCACAGUCGGCCAUUCCUGACUUGCUACUCUGUGGAUUGUUCAUAACUGGGGAAGUAGCUGGCUUCCUGGUUGUUGAAAUUACUUCUUUAUAUGGUUAAAUUAUUUUGUUUUGAUAAAA